UAACACAGUUAAUUAACUAUUCAUCUCUUCAUUUCACUGAGAAGCAUCGAGCCGUAUACUUUUUACCAUUUUUCGGCAUUGAUCGGCACUUUAUUUCUACACUGAAAAUAAUAAUAAUACAUGGUAUAUUUUUUGUUUAUGGUGUGAUUAAAAUUUCAUAUAAAAAAGUUCAACACACACAUACGAAAAUGUACUACAUUAAACUGUUGCUCCUUAUGGGAGCAAUGUUAGCUGCCAGUUCUGGAGCUAAACUUGGUGAAAGAGUUACCGUUCACAAAUCUGAUUCAACUGAUGAGAAUAGCAACGUCAAAGUGAAAAAGAUGAUAGCUCCUGGAUAUUACUCUCAAGAAUGCAACGUACACAAGCCCUGUCCAGACGCCACAAAGUACUGCCACAUGUUUUUAUGUGUUGAUUGCUUGAAAGAGAAUGUCGCUUGCACACAAAAUGGACAAUGUUGUCCAGGAACGGAAUGUACGUAUGGAAGAUGUAAAAAAGGAGCAGCCAAAGGCUCUGCAGGGACAUUCUGUGAUCGUCAGAAGGAUUGUCAGGGAGCUGAUUUGUGUUGCGUUCGUGAACCAGCCAUUAAUCCAGUUAUCAGUAUUUGCAAACCAGCUUUAGAUGAGCAUGAAACAUGUGGACCAUACAAUCAGUUCAGAACAGUUUAUAUCGGUGGUACUGUGCAGCCUGUCUGUGGACCAUGCAAGCAAGGAUUAGUCUGUAAGCAAGUCGGAAUCUUCGGUGUCCAUGAAAUCUGCUUACCAACGGGAGGAAAAGGAAAGAAAUAAACGACCAAAAAGAACUUUAAAAAGCAAUGAGACUUUUUUUUAACCAAUGGAAAUAUUUUCCAGACCGAAUUUUUUAUACUACCAGAAAAGAAUUUCCAUCCAAGACGACGAAGAUAUGUACAUUAAUUCACAGAAAACUUAAUUCACGGUUAUCUGUGUUCAAUUCCUAAACUGCAUCCAUAAUAUCUAUUUUAAUAUUUAUAAUAGCGACGAGAAGGAAAGAGCAAAGACAGAGAUUAAGAAAGUUUAGACGGAAUUCUUUUAUUUUUAUACUAUCUUUUAAUUUGGGUCUAUAGUCCUAAUUUUCAACGUUGCAUGCACUUCUUUUAUUCUCACAUAUUUUGUAAUAAUAACAACAACAACACCAACGCAAUUUGAUGCAGAUACAUUUCUUCAUUUUGUUUACUGUAGUGUGUACGUAAAUACUAAAUAUAUUUUAUGUAGAAACAACCAAA